CUUCACAUUCGUAAUAAAAAAUAGGUAUAUUAUUUUAACAAACAAACACUGAACUACAUUAUUUUACAUUGCGAAAACAGGAAAUUAAAAUGGAAAUAUCUUCAAGUGACUGACUGGAAAAUUAUCAUAAGAAUUGUAUUGAAUCAGGAUCUAAAUAGACCAGGUAGAGCUGCAAUGGUGCAUAUGAAAAGGUGACAUUUUGAGUAAUUUUUCAAUUUAAUUUAAUUACAUGGGUUGCGCUGCUUCGGGCGUUAGCCGAACGAUAAUGUUAUUUAAUAAAAGCGCACACAAUUCACAAGAUUCCAGGGCCGUAUUGGAAAGAAAAUUGUAUUUAGCUAAGGAAUCGCCUGAACCUGAUUUCGAUUUAUCAGGAUGUAGCCUUCGACAGCUGCCUUCUGGAAUAUUUUCAAUAUGCAAAGUAUUUCGAAAAGAUUUACUGUAUUUACAAAACAACAGACUGAAAUCGUUAAAUGAAGGGGGGCAACUUUCAGAUUUAUAUUUGAUCAAAGCUUUAAAUAUUAGCAACAACUGUUUUACACAUUUACCAAAGAAUAUUCGUUUUCUUACAAGUCUUACUGAACUCCAUCUUAAUAAUAACCUGUUUGAGCAAAUACCAGAUGAAAUUAAAUUCCUAACAGCACUCAAAAUAUUAGAUUUGUCAGCAAAUAAACUGAAAGUGUUAAAUCCCAGUCUUGGUCAUUUAAAGUGUUUAAGAAAACUAAAUAUUACUCAAAAUAAGGAUUUGAAUGAGAUCUGUGUGGAGCUUUGUCAUGCUACAAAUUUGAUAUCAAUUGAAUUGGAUUACAAUCAAUAUGUUGUGCCUCCUGCUGCAGUAGCUAUAAAAGGCACAGAGGAGAUAAUGAAGUUCCUUUGUAAGGAAGCAAAUGUUGAGUAUAUCCCACCAUUAUCUAGAGAGUCAGAUAUUUCAACAGUAGAUAGUAGUAACAAAUUACCUGACCCUUUUACAAAACAAAAAAUAACAUGGGAGGAACAAGAAGAAGCUAUGAAAAACAGUGAAAAGAAAAUCCAUAAAGCUAAUCAACAGCAAAGAGAAAGGGUUUUGUCAAAUCUUUUAAAAGAUCAAAUCAGUUUAGAUAUAGAAAUAGCAAGAGUUCAAGAAUAUAAAGAAAUAGAAAGACAGAAACUCAUUCAGACAAUACAAAGAGAAGAAAAAGACAUUGAAUGUUUAAUAAAUAAUUUUAUGGCAUAUGAUAGAUGUAAACCUGAAGUUAUACAACAACAACUUGCUCAUGAGCAAUUGGAACAUGAUCGUUUAUUGGAAAUAACAAGACAAAAUUAUGAUAAUAUCAAAAAAUGUGAUAUUUUAAAAGCAAUGGAAAAUCUUUUAGAAGAUAACUAUUCCAUGAGUAAACAUAAGAUGUUUUAUAAGGAUAAUUUAAAUAAUAUAAAACAAAGUCUCUUAAAUCAGGAGACCGAUCUUGAUGGGAAAUUAUCUGAGUUGUUGAGUGCUAAGGACCAGUCUCGAGAAGUUCUUGUGCAGCAGCUUUUGGAAGAUCAAGAUGUACAAAAAGCAAUGGUAUCUUCUUUGCUUGACCAGGUAGAUGCUAGAAGUUGGAGUCUGAAUCAAGAAAUAUCUUUUAUUUCAUCUCAUUUAGCAAGACUGAGUGUUAUCGAACAAGAAAAGAAAAAAAUGCAUGUAUUGUACAACUAUAAUGAGCUUCUUAAUCAAAGAAUACAGUUGGUUAAUUUGCUAGAUGAUCUGUUUGACCAAAGAAAUAAAAGAAGAAAACAGUUAUUGGAAACUUUGAAUGAGGCAGAAAAUCAAAGUGAUUAUAAAACAGAUUUUUGGCUGCGGAGUUAUCAAAAGCUGUUAGAUACUGCUCCAAGAUCUUUGCUCAGUGUUGGCAAGACAUUAGAUCCAGUUUUGGCUAACUACCUUUUACAGGAGGGUGUAAUUCAUUGUUUACCAUUUUUGGUGCAAUUCAUUUUUUCUGAUAAGUCUUUGGUCAAUAUUACCCAAGAAGAUUUGCUAAAGUGUGGUGUAUCAUUGAGCACUGAUCGUGAGAAUAUAUUGAAAGCCAUACAAAUGUAUUCCGACUUUAAGAAUGAAAACUGUGAUAUGCCUCAGACUGUAGCAGGGGCAAGUGCUCCCCCUGCUGAUGAUAAUGCUCAUUUGGGGGUUCUUGAUUCAGAUGCAAGUUUGAAUGACGAUGGGGAGUGCGUUAUAUGCAUGGAAAGUAAGUCCCAAGUUGUAUUUGUGCCUUGUGGUCAUAUGUGUUGCUGUGAGACAUGUUCUCAUAAAGAAAUUAGUACAUGUCCAAUGUGCAGAACACAUAUAGAGAGAAUUAUUAAAGUUGUAGUGUCAUAGGUCAUUUACAUUUUUCCAUGGAUAUUCCAUUCUAUGUUAUUCAUUUCAUAGGUAAGUGUUACAAUCACUAUUCAAAUGUUUAUUAUUUAUUUUUAUAUUUCUCAUUAUAUCAAUUUUAAAGGUUAUUUUUAUAAAAGUUUGUUGUGGCUGUGAAGGACUGAAAAUUCAUAACAAAAUUAUCUCACAUUUCUAAGUCAUUUUUCUUUUGUAAAAUUGUUUAUAGUUUCAAAUCAUUAAGUUAUGUAUGUAUUAUAAACAUGAAAACGAUUUACAGAAAGAGAUGUUUCAAAGUCAAAAAGUGUUCAUUUUGACUAAUGACACCACCAGGUGUAGACAAUUUAUAAUCUAAGUCUUAGUCUUAAAAAAAUGAGUCAGUGUUAAACUUCUUAUUCUGUAAAUCAAGAAAUAUUAAAAUAUUAUUUUUUAUUGAAAUAUGUAUAUUAAUUUAAAAGUGUUUUCAUAAUUUCUAUAAAAAAGCACUUUUAAUUUUUAAUUAAAAGUGUUUUUUUAUAUUGUUUAUUUAUAUUUUGUGAAAAGCGCUACAUUACAGGUGACCUGGAGAUGAGCAGAUUUAUAAUAACUUUCAUAAUAAGUAAUGUAUAUUUCUUUAAAAUUUGGUACAUAGCCUCUUUAGCUUCUUUGUAACCCUAUUUAUUGAAAGGCGUAAUUUAUAAAAUACUUCUGAUAUUCUUACCUUUUAAGGGGUGACAGACGUACGAGUAAGUACGCGAACUUGUGGCUCGACGACCUUUUUCGCUCGUGUGUCACCCCAAGUACGCGUACUUAAAAACCGUCGAGUAAGUUCGUUGACGAUCCAACAUGUUUGAAAUUUUACUCGAAGCCCGCCUUGGCUCGCACGUCUGUCACCGCCGCGAGCCGAGUAAGUACGCGAACUUUAAAACCGCGACUUAAGUUCGUACGUCUAUCAGCCCUUUUUAAGUAUGUAUACAUUCUA